AUGAGUGAAGAGGAAACUGAUGAUGAUGAAUGCUUUUAUGAUAUGACAGAAUUACUACCUGCUUCAUUGAAAUUUUCUGAACAAAAUGAAUUAGAAAAAAAAAUUAGUGAACCAUCAAGUCCUGCUGAUGAAUUUGACGAAAAUUUUUAUCAAAUUCAAGAAGAUAUUCAACAUGAAACUAUUCAACCAUAUAUUGAUGAACCAUUAACACCAUCUGAUGAAAUAAAUCCAAAUUUUCAUUAUUCAAUUUUAACUCAAAAUCAAUAUGUUGAAUUAAUGAUGAAUUAUGUUGAUGAAGUAAAAGAUAUUCUUCAAUUACCAUCAACUAUUGUUAAACUUCUAUUACAUUAUUUUAAAUGGAAUAAACAACGAUUAUUAGAAAAAUUCUAUGAAACUAAUCAUAAUGAAUUUUUUAAACAAGCAAAAAUUAUUAAUCCAUUUACUGAAAAAAUUUCUAUAAAUGAAUCAAUUGAUAUAUGUUCAAUUUGUUGUUCAGAUGAAAAAAAAGAUAUGUUCAGUCUUGAAUGUAAACAUACAUAUUGUAAUCAUUGUUGGAAAGAUUAUUUGAUAAAUCAAAUUAUUAAUGAAGGUCUUGCUCAAACAAUUGUUUGUCCAGAUUCUCAAUGUGAAAUUUUUGUCGAUGAUGAAACUAUAACAAAAUUUUUAGAUAAUAAUGAAUUUGUCAAACAUAUUUAUACAAAACUCAUAUUAAAUUCCUAUGUAGAUAAUAAUCCUCGUGCUCGUUGGUGUCCAGGAAAAAAUUGUGGUCAUAUUAUUAAUGCAACAUCUCUUACAUCAGCUUAUAAUUAUGCUCAAUUGAUUACAUGUAAUCAAUGUCAAACAUCAUUCUGUUUUCAAUGUGCUCAACCAUGGCAUGAUCCAAUUAAAUGUAUUUUAUUGUUACAAUGGAAUAAAAAAAUACUUGAUGAUAGUCAUACAACUGUAUGGUUAAAAGCUAAUACAAAAACUUGCCCAAAAUGUAAAGUUAAUAUUGAAAAGAAUGGUGGCUGUAAUCAUAUGACAUGUAGAAAUUGUAUGCAUGAAUUUUGUUGGUUAUGCUUUGGUAUAUGGUCUAAACAUACAGAAUGCAAUCGUUACAAUCAAAAUCAAAUUAGUGAUGAAUUACAAAAUCAAUACGCAGCUGCUUUAUCUCGAUAUAUGCAUUAUUAUGAUCGCUUUCGUAAUCAUGAACAUUCAUUUGAUUUAGAAUCGAUAUUAUUCGAAAAAAUUCGUCCAAAACUAAUUCGAAAUGAGCAACAAUUAUCGAAGAAUGAUAUUCAAAUAAUUGAAAAAGCAUUUAAUGUUUUAUUAAAUUGUCGUCGAACGUUAAUAUAUACAUAUCCAUUUGCAUAUUAUUUAGCAAAAAAUAAUCAAUCAAUUGUUUUCGAAGAGAAUCAAGCUGAUUUAGAAAGAAUAUGUGAAGAACUUAGUGGACUUUUAGAACAAGACUUAACUAAAGAAAUCGUACUUGAUAAAAUUAAAAGAAAAAUAUUUGAAAAAUAUCAGUAUUGUGAUACUCGACGAAAUGUUUUAUUAAAACAUGUCAAAGAAGGAUAUGUAAAUGAUUAUUGGCAAUAUCAUGAUGAAGCGACAAUGAUCGCUAGUAAUAAAGUUUAA